UGACUUGUCCGGGUCGACAAGUAGGAAGCGCGUGAAAUACAGUUUAAACGUAUUUCCUGUUACCAGCAACGUUUAAAUCAAUAUAUGUUUGUUUCAUGUGACUACUUUGGCCCCUUUCUCAGUAUUUAGUUUCUUAUCAGUGUAAUUUUAAAUCAUGGCUUUACCGAAUUGCUCGCUGAAGGUAAACAGGGAGUUGCUCGAUCCCAGCUUUGAAAGUUACAGGCUUUCCCUGGACUCUAUUCCUACUUACAAUGUAGAACUGGAUGCAGCUGUGGCUGAGGUUAAGCUCAAAGACAGUCAGUACACUCUGGACCACAUGAAAGCAUUUGGGAUGUACAACUAUCUUCAUAUUGAUCCCUGGUAUGAAGACAGUGUCUACUUUGUGGACAACAAGGGACGGGUUCUCAACUUCACAAUCACACUGGACACAGCUUUAGGGAAACCUCGGGAGGUGUUUCGUUUUGAAUCGCCCCCCAGCUCAUGUGAAGGGGAGCAGGUGUGUGCUUCUCUGAGUCUGACCUCUGCAACGUGGGCCGCGCUGACGGACGGAACCGGAACGCUGACUCUCCUGCGUACCAGCAAGAGGGGAGAAAGUUCCCAUCAAAAAUGGGAGCCCAUGUUUAGCAAGCGUCUAGGAGAGCCGUUCCUCAUCGUUCACAGCCUGACUCACAUGCACGCUCACGUUCACACUGUUGAAGUGCUGCUGCUGAGAAUCCAGAAAGAUCCAUCUGAUACCAAAGGCAGUGGCUUUUCAAUCUCGCUGGAGUGGAUAACAGUGGACAACUCUCCUGGUCAGGGUGAGGAGAGGAAGUAUGAAGUGAGGAAGAAGAGGAUGAUGAAGGGGAAAUCUGUUCCACACUACGCUGCAGUGGAGCCUCAGGGUAAAGGAGUCAUCAUAGCCUCAGAGAAACCCUUUACUUUCACUGAGGUUGAUGGAGUUCCUCUUGAAGAACCUCAUGAUGAGAAUAUGGAGGUUGAGAAAUUAGAUCCCAUCUACUUCUGGCAGCAAACAGAGGGAGAUGUGACCGUGUGCGUGCGUUUGCCUGAAGGCACCACCAAAGAUGACAUCCGCUUUAAACUCACCGUGGACUGCCUGCGUGUUGGAGUUGGGGACUAUGCACCCCUGCUGGAUGGGCAACUGUUCGCACCUGUAGAUCCAGAGGCAAGCACCUGGUCAAUUAAAGAUGAUAAGAGUUUGGAAGUUCAUCUCCAAAAGCGAAGCGAGGGUCCGCUGUGGUCCGAAUUUAUUUUGGGUGACCGGCGAGGAGAGUAUUUAAUGAAUGAUGAACAAAAAUCACAGCUCCAACAGAGACUUUCCUAUCUCACUGCUGAAGACCUGAAUCCAGACCCAGAGAAGGAAAAGCCCCCUUGCAACACUCAGGAACUGGAGGACUGUGACAUGUUUCCAGAGGACGGCUCCACGUUGAUGCGCUUUGAUGGUACCACUCUGAAGCCCACACAUGUGGUGAACCUCGGAAGCAACCAGUUUCUUUUCUCAGUUCACACAGAUCCUUCUGAGAUGCCGGCUUUUUGCUUGCGGCAUGACGUCGAUGCCCUGCUGUUGCAGCCACGGCCCAACCAGGACAAUGAUAUAUGGGAACACGUUGCUACGUUUAAUGCACUUGGCUAUGUUCAAGCAUCAAAACGUGACAAAAAGUUUGCGACCUGUGCCCCCAACUUCUCAUACUCUGCUUUGGGCGAGUGCCUCAGACGAGUCUUCAUCUACCGUCAGCCCUCGCCUGUCGACACGGUACUCUUUAACCGGAAACGGGGCCAACAGGUCGGACAGGUUGCCAAGCAACAGGUAGCCAACCUGGACACCAAUAACCCUGUGCUCGGUUUCAGGGCCAGUAAUGAAAGACUGUUCAUCCUCACUGCCAACAACAUGUUUGUUCUGAAGGUGAACAAUUGAUCAUUCCAACAUUUCUGAAGGAUAAUUUGGCACAUUUAAUCCAAGUUGUUCAGGGACAAUUUUUGUGUCGUAUGUACAUUCAGCCUGGAUUUCAUCCUGCUCGGUUCUUAAACACGACUGUCAAACUUUAGGGCCUACGGUAGUUGAUAUGAAAUAAGUAAGAUUGGUUUGUCUAAGUAUGUUAGUUGGUGUGUUUAUAUGUGAAAAUGUUAAGAUCUUAAUUUACGCUUAAACUUCUUCCAAAGACACAAUCGAUAGCUUGAGCACCAUUUAACAUUUCAGAAAACGUCCUUAUCAUACAAUGUAAGACAGAUACAUGCUGAAAUAAACAAGCAUAUGUAUGACA